CACUGUCACAAGAGGGUGCCAGCGAGUUACAGUGUGCCUAAAACACAAAGAAGAAGAAGAAGAAACUGCGACGAUGGCGGCGCCCGGAGAGAAAAGCGUGAGAGAGAAAGAGAAAGAGAAAAACAACAAACACAGGAAAGAAAAACAGAAUACAGAUGAGUCUGAGCUGCUGACGGUUCCAGAUGGUUGGAAGGAGCCCCAGUUUACGAGGGAGGAUAACCCUCGGGGGCUACUGGAGGAGAGCAGUUUUGCCACCCUCUUCCCCAAAUAUCGUGAAGCCUACCUGAAGGAGUGCUGGCCGCUGGUGCAGAAAGCUCUCGGGGAAAUCUUUAUCAAUGCUACUCUGGAUCUGAUUGAAGGCAGCGUCACUGUGAGCACCACAAAGAAGACCUUUGACCCUUAUGCUAUCAUCAGAGCCAGAGAUCUCAUCAAACUUCUGGCAAGAAGUGUUCAAUUUGAACAGGCUGUUAGGAUUCUGCAGGAUGGUGUGGCAUGUGAUAUAAUAAAGAUUGGUACGCUGGUGCGGAACAGAGAACGCUUUGUGAAACGCAGACAAAGACUGAUUGGACCUAAGGGAUCUACACUAAAGGCUCUGGAGCUGCUCACUAACUGCUAUGUGCUGGUUCAGGGAAACACUGUAUCAGCACUGGGACCUCACAGCGGCCUGAAGGAGGUGAGGAAAGUGGUGCUGGAUACCAUGAAGAACAUUCAUCCCAUCUACAACAUCAAGACACUGAUGAUAAAGCGAGAGUUGGCUAACGAUCCUGAACUGCGCACUCAGAGCUGGGACAGAUUCCUGCCCAACUUUAGACAUAAAAGCCUAUCCAAACGACAACAACCCAAAAAGAAGAAAGUUAAGAAGGAAUACACACCAUUCCCUCCACCACAGCCCGAGAGCCAGGUUGACCGUGAGCUGGCCAGUGGAGAGUUCUUUCUGCGAGAGAGUGAGAAGAGAAGGAGGAAAAUGAAGGAAAUCAAGGUGAAGCAGGCUGAAGCUCUGAGCAGGAAACAGGAAGAGAGGAAGAAAGCGUUUAUUCCUCCUAAAGAGAAACCUGCUGAGAAGAAAACCAAAAAAGCUCCUACGGAGGAUAAACUGGACAUCCAGGCCAUUAAAGAGAAAGUGAAGAAGGCUAAAAAUAAGAAGCUUGGAGCUCAUCCGCCACAGCUUGCAGCGCCCCCUGCAGACGGGAAGAAGAAGAAGAAGAGUAAAAGCUAAUUUUUUAGCUGCAGGAUGGACAGUCGUUGGAAUUUUCUCUGCAGGAAGCUGGAGAAAUAUCUUGUGGAGAUGUGUAUAUUCUGAUGGACCCAGCAGAGUGUGUGUGUGUGUGUGUGUGUGUGUGUGUGUGUGUGUGUGUGUGUGUGUGGUUUUAGUGACCCAUUCUAUCUAUAAAAUGUUUAUAUAUACAUGAAAACAUGCUGUACUGUUCACAUGUUUUGGCAGGAGGUCAGUUUUUUGUUAGUAUUAAAGAUGAACCUGAACCUGAAGCUGAA